AUGCUGUCGAGAGCGAUACUAGGCGCCUUUCUGGCAGCCAUUGUCGGCAGCCAUGCUCAGGAGGGCAAUGAUACUGCACCGUUCCCAAACACCACUUACCCGGACGCUCUGUCUCCCAACCCAGCUGCAGUAGCAGGUGCACAAUCCAACCAGGCAUCUCCUCCCAAGUAUCCUUCUCCAUGGAGCACUGGAGCUGGUGACUGGAAAGCAGCAUGGCAGAGGGCCACGGAGGUCGUUGCUCAACUCACGUUGGAUGAGAAGGUCAAUCUAACGACAGGCACAGGAUGGUCAGAAGAACAGUGUGUAGGCAAUACGGGAUCCGUGCCGCGUCUAGGCAUUCGCUCCCUGUGUUUCCAGGAUUCGCCCAAUGGUGCGCGGCUGACCGACUUCGCAUCGGUCUUUCCCUCUGGCGUCAAUGUCGCCGCGACGUGGAGCAAAAGCCUAGCGUAUGCCAGAGCUGUUGCAAUGGGCGAGGAGUUCCGCGGCAAAGGUACCAGCGGAUUUCUCGGGCCAGUCGCAGGACCAAUUGGACGCUCUCCGGCGGGAGGACGAAACUGGGAAGGCUUCAGUCCCGAUCCUUACUUGACAGGGCAGCUUUUUGCAGAAAGCAUCAAAGGCAUCCAGAGCACGGGACAGAUCGCUGUGGGCAAGCACUUUGUCGGCAACGAGCAGGAGCAUUUCAGACGUGUUGUCGAAGUUCGGGAUUUUGCCCUCGGCAACGUUACCUAUCCCGGAUCCAGCAAUAUCGAUGAUGCCACGCUGCACGAGCUUUACGUAUGGCCAUUCGCAGAUGGUAUACGAGCCGGUCUUGCUUCAGUCAUGUGCUCGUAUAACCGCGUUAACAACUCCGACCUCUGCCAAAACUCGUAUCUUCAGAACUACGUCUUGAAGAAUCAGCUCGGCUUCCAGGGCUUUAUUCUGAGCGACUGGCAAGCAACAGCUUCCGGUGUAUCCUCGGUCCUCGCAGGUUUGGACGUCACGAUGCCUGGAGAUGUCUUCUUCACAGAUGGCAACUCCUUCUUCGGAGGCAACUUAACAAUCGCCGUCCUCAACGGCACUGUUCCACAGUGGCGGUUGGAUGAUAUGGCUGUUCGCAUCCUCUCGGCUUGGUACUACGUCGGUGGAGAUACCGAAGAGAACAACCGGCCGGUCAACUUCAACUCGUGGACCAAGGACACAUAUGGUUCGAUCCAUAGCUUUGCUGGCCCGGAGUUUGGCUAUGGCUUGAUCAACGAGCACGUCGAUGUACGUGAGCAGCACGGUGCCUUGAUCCGGGAUAUCGGGAGCGCUUCUAUUGUCCUGCUCAAGAACGUGAACAAGAACGGCAAGAAGACGUUGCCUCUGAGCGGCACCGAGAAGCUGACUUCUGUGUUUGGAGACGAUGCUGGGCCAAAUCUUGCAGGGCCCAAUGGAUGCGUAGACCGGGCAUGCGCACAAGGAACGCUUGCCAUUGGCUGGGGCAGUGGAACUGCUGACUUCCCUUACCUGAUCACUCCCGAUGCUGCGAUCCAGAGAGAAAUUACGGAUCAAUAUGGUGCGUACGAGUCGAUUCUCAGCAAUGGAGCCUUGCCCCAAAUUCAAGCUCUUGCGAGACGAACCGGCCAGGUCGGAGGCGCGUGCAUUGCCUUUGCCGCUGCCGACUCCGGUGAGGGCUAUAUUACAGGGGGUGACAACUUUGGCGAUCGUAACAACCUCACGUUCUGGCAAGGCGCCAACGAGAUGCUUCGCAAUGUCACUUCGAACUGCAACAACACGAUCCUUGUCGUUAAUUCGGUGGGUGCGGUGGAAUUGGACGAGUGGAAGGCCCACGAGAACGUCACCGCGAUAUUGUGGGCGGGAUUGCCAGGCGAGCAGUCUGGAAACAGUCUGACCGAUGUGCUCUACGGACGAGUCACUCCGGGAGCAAAGCUACCCUUCACGAUUGGCCGCAACCGCAGCGAUUAUGGCACCGAUGUGCUGUACUUUCAGAAUGACCCGGAUGUGCCACAGUUCAACUUCCAGGAAGGCGUCUUCGUCGAUUACAGGACCUUCGACGAGAGGAACAUCGAGCCGGUGUACGAAUUCGGAUUUGGCCUCUCCUACACCACUUUCAACUACAGCAACAUCGAAGUGAAGAGCACGGGAGCGGGUCCAUAUACCUCUCAGUCCGGCAUGACCACCGCAGCACCCACCUACGGCACCAUCAACACCGACCCGGCCGCAUAUCUCUUCCCCAAUGAGAGUUUCGUCCGAGUCCCCUCCUUCAUCUACCCGUGGCUCAACAGCUCCGACCUCGCCACCGCAUACGGCCACACCGACUUUGGCGACAACAGCUUCAUCCCCGAAGGCGCUCUCGACAGCUCUCCCCAACCCAUUCUCUCGGUCGGCGGUGCCCCCGGCGGAAAUCCCGCCUUGUGGGACGUCCUCUACACCGUCACCGCGGACAUCACCAACACAGGCGACUGCGCCGGCGACGAGGUCGCGCAGCUCUACGUUUCCCUGGGAGGACCGUACGAUCCCAAAAUUGUCCUGCGAGGCUUCGACCGCGUACCCAUCGCCGCUGGCGAAACUGCCACGGCGAGCUUUAAUGUCACGAGACGGGAUAUCUCGAAUUGGGAUACUGUCGCGCAGGAUUGGGUCGUGCGUACGGAAUUUGCCAAGAAGGUAUAUGUGGGGAGUAGCUCGAGACAGUUGUUGCUCGAGGCGGAUUUGGAGAUGUGAAAAUGAGAGAGAGAGCCUGAGAGGUCUGUGCGAGUGGGGGGGGGGGGGUAAUACAUACAAUGUAUAUAUUGUAUAUAUGACGGACAUGUUAAUGUGAC